GGUUUUACUCUGGUAUAUUGUGGGUGCGCUUUCAGGGCCACACCUGCAUGGCCCAGUAUGACCUGGCACGUCCAUCGUGCAGGGGACCUGACAUAAAUUGCGCUUCCUCUUGAAUUUGCUUUUGGACUACGGACCAUAUUCUCUCUCCCUGCCAAUCGAGGACGAACCCCUGUACGAUGAGACAUAUCCUAACGGGCUUGGUGCUUUCGAGCACGUUUUUUGCCUGUGCGUGGGCUGGGCAACCAACUCAUAUUUAUGGUGUAAAUUUGGGUUCAUGGUUAGUUUUGGAGUUAUGGAUGCUUCCUCAAGGGUGGGUGGAUAUGGGGGGGCAAUUAUGUGGUGCAGAUUGUUCGACAUGCAUUUCAACCGAGUCGGCAUUUGCAAAGGCGUAUCCCGACACUGUCGACACCACAUUCGCUCAACACUGGGACACAUGGUUUACACAGAGUGAUGUCAGCACACUGAAGGCGGCCGGUAUUAAUACUGUCCGCAUUCCUCUGGGAUAUUGGAUAGUGGAGGAUUUAGUCGAUAGCCCGUCCGAAUCAUACCCUCGGGGCGGUCUUGCCUAUUUGCGCCGGGGCUUGGGCUGGCUGCAAGAUGCCGGGAUCCAAGUGAUCCUGGAUCAUCAUGCAUUGCCCGGGGUCCAAACGGCUGAGCAAAUGUUCACUGGAAAUUGUACUACUGAUGUUCAAUUCUACACACCAUACAACUACGGCCGUGCACUGGUGUGGACAGCGGUCAUGACUACGCUUUCUCACCUGGACCCUGAUUUUGGAAAUGUAUUUGCGAUCGAAGCAGCCAAUGAGCCUAUUAAUGACGCGGCUCAAACACCUGACUAUGGUACCUUCCAAGAGAACUUCGUCCAGACAAUCCGUGCUGUUGAACUCACACUCGGAAUCUCUGUGCCAUCGUCCAAAUUAUCGGUAUCGGUAUCAGCGUCCGUCUCGAACAACUUCACCGCUGCAUUGAUUGAGACAUCCUCGUCAACCAUCUUCUCGGCGGAGGUGCAAGCGGCACUUUCAGAGGCGGUUCCGAUUAUAAUAGGGAUUGGAUCAAAAUACAGUUUGCAGACGAUAUUCGAAGCAUCACCCUUCAAGCAGUCCGGUACUCCGUUAGUGGCAAACUUCAUGGAUGUGAAUUGGCAGUACAACAACCCCCCUAAUCCAGCUGAUGUUGCGAUUGGCCCUCAAGCUUACGACAAUCACUUAUAUUACUCGUCGGCCGGAAAUGACCCGACGUCAUACAUGAUCAAUAUCUGCAAUCUUCCAGAAAUCCAGGCUGACGCAGCACUGGGCAACUCUCCGCUCUGGUUCGGAGAGUGGUCACUCGAUACACAGUUCAAUGCCACGGACGCAUUCCUUUACCAGUGGGCUGACGCACAGAAAUUAGCCUAUAGUAAAGGUGCUGGAUGGAUUUACUGGAACUUCAAAAUCGAGACAUCGAACCUCACCAACGGAACUGCCCGUGCAAGGCAAUGGUCAUACCUUGAGGGGUUAGAACUCGGGUUCUUUACCCAGGACCCCGCGGCGCUCCACGAUCCAAACGUGUGUGCUCCAUACACGAACAGCACCUCGAACAGCACCUCGAAUAGUACCUCAAGCAGCACCUCGCACAGCACUUCGAACAGCACCAGUUCAAGUGUGCCUUUACCGAUCCCUGCCACAGGUUAUCGACCACUCCUUUAUUCCAUGUUCUCCCUUUUAUCAUUAAUAUUCCUUUAAGCAUGCCGGCAAUAUGAGGCUCAUUGUAUGGAAUUGUAUAGAAUGAUACAUAUAUUCCUGUUGUCAUCGCACGUUCUUUUUGUUAUCAUGCAUUCUUUUUAGACAUGACGGUAAUCCUCAGGGAUGUUGGAAGGUGACGAGACUCGG